ACUUUAACAGUUGCGGUGUCCGAAUAAAAUAUACAUCACAACGUGGUAAUUUGUAUAUUUUGGAACUUCUUCUGUACCUCAUACUAUACCUCUACAAAAAUGUCGGAUGAAGAAUCCUCAGAUAAUAUGGAACAACCCAUACGCUCUGGUAGUAAGAAGUUUAAACGAUUAAAUAAAAAUCGGCCAAGCGAAAUUUCAUCGAAACGUCCGAAGAAUAAUCCCGUUCAAACUGCGUCUUUAACUAACACUCGAGAUCCAAGAUUCGAUGAUCUAUCUGGUAAAUUCAGUGAGCAUCAUUUUCAAAAUUCAUAUGGUUUUAUUAGUGAAAUUGAGAAAAGAGAAAAAGAGAAAAUUGCGAAAACCAUCAAAAAGGAAAAGAAUUCUGAUAAAAGGUUAAAAUUACUCAAAUUAAAAGAUAGAUAUGAGCAGAAAGAGAAGGUAAAAAUAAUGAACGAUAACAAAAAAGAACAGUUAAAGAAAAUCAAGAAGAAGGAAUUGGAACAAGUAGCUGAAGGAAAGAAACCAUAUUUUCUUAAGAAAAGUGAUAGAAAAUUACUGGAAUUAGCAGAAAAAUAUAAGGAUCUACAAAAAGACAAUAAACUAGAGAGUUAUAUGAUGAAGAAACGAAAGAAAAAUUCUCAAAAAGAAAGAAAAAAAGUCUUCAAAAAUUAUUAAAUAAAAUGCAUUCUUUAUUCAUCCUUCAGUUUUCUUUUUAAGUAAGACACUUAGCGAAUUUAGCAUUGAACAAGACUUAAAAGUGUUGAGCUUCUUAUGAAAAAUGAGUAGAAAAUAAGUAAAUUCCUUUAUAUCUUUAUUCCUCUACUAUUACACAAGACUAUGGGAGGAGAAGUGGACAAAAAGGCUUAUAAUUAAACCAGAUUAGUAGGAUAAUCAUUUA